UGCAGCGCGGGCUGGGAGCCGCAGGUCGCGGAAUCGUUGCACGCGUGCUCUAUCGUCUCUUUCUCAGCCUAGCCCAGCCUCACCAUGGUGGACGCCUUCGUGGGCACCUGGAAGUUAGUGGACAGCAAGAAUUUCGAUGACUACAUGAAGUCAAUCGGUGUGGGUUUUGCUACCAGGCAGGUGGCCAACGUGACCAAGCCUACCACAGUCAUCGAAGUGAACGGGGACACAAUCACCAUAAAAACACAAAGCACCUUUAAGAACACGGAGGUCAGCUUCAAGCUGGGAGUGGAGUUCGAUGAGACAACAGCAGAUGACAGGAAGGUCAAGUCCAUUGUGACGCUGGAUGGAGGCAAACUCGUCCACGUGCAGAAGUGGAACGGACAAGAGACAACACUUGUGCGGGAAGUAGUUGCUGGGAAACUCAUCCUGACACUCACCCACUGCAAUGCAGUUUGCACUCGCACUUACGAGAAAGGGGCAUGACCUGCCCACUCCCUCAACAACUCCUCCUCUGCCAGUUGGCUACUCCUGGACUCAGCACCAGAUUGACUCAUUUUUUUCCUUCGGCAUUUUGUAUAAAUCCACCUUGAUUGGGGAAAUUCUCCUGGGGUCAGGUGGCACCAGCCUGGAUCCAGUUCUGUUCUCAUUGUGUAUGUUUGUUUUUUUAACUGCACCCAAAGGGUGCUCUGAGGUCAAUAAAGCAGCACCUAGGCCACCCAGUUGCCUUUUUGCUUUUGGUGACAUGA